AUGCGUCCCCAAAUCGCCCUACUGACACUCUCUCUACUCAUCGCACACGGUUAUCGCAUCUUGCAAACCAAUGAGGAUGGUUGGGCCGCGCUCUACCUUAGAUCGCUCUUUAACGCUCUCAAAGCUUCGGGACAUGAUCUGGUCCUCGUAGCACCAGCAGAAAACAAGACAGGAUCAGGUUCUCGUGAUGAACAACCAAGAACCCGUCUCGAAAGCUGCCACUUCAAUAGUUGCACAGUAUCGCCUCAAGUUCCUGAGACAUUUGGGGAAAAUAAGACUCAGCAACGUUUGUAUUGGGUAAAUUCUUUUCCCAUCACGUCUCUGAGGGUUGCUGUCACACGUAUCGUAGAGAACUUCUGGUUUGGGAAGCGGGCCGAUCUCGUUAUCUCCGGACCUCACAGUGGUACGACAUUGGGUUCACAGGUCCUUUCCUCUGGUACCAUAGGUGCUGCUGCGUAUGCGGCCGAGGCACUAUUCCUCCCAGCUCUCGCCUUCUCAGGGGCUUCAGAAGCCGACUUACCCUGGAACACUACUGCAAUCCCAGAAAGUAGUGUAGUCUACACAGAACUGGCCGAAUUUCUCACAAGUCGAGUCCUAGAUAUUGGAGAACCGUAUCUUCCCGACAAUACCUUCUUGAACGUCAACUUUCCCAAGAUAGAAAGCAAAUGCCGAGACCCAGAGGACUUUGAGUGGAUACUCAGUCGUAUCAACUCCAUCGCCAUUGAGCCAGAUGUUAGACAUUGCAACAAAAAUCGCCUGCCAACAGAGGCAGAGGUGAUUUCGAAAGGCGGUUGUCGUAUCUCGGUCAGUCUGGGCGAGGGGACAACCAAGCUUACUGCGCCAGGGUGGAAGCAAAUUCAAUUGCGGGACAACCUUGAGAGCCUUUGGAGCUGCUUGUAA